AUGUUGUCGCAGUCCCUGCUUCACUACGCUGAGCAGGGCGAGGUGGGCAGCAGGGGGGCUUCUCCGCCGCUGCUUCGCAGCGUGUUGCGCCCCGCGUCGCACUGCCCGCUUUUUGACGUGAGAAUGGAGAAGGGGCACGUCUGGCCGUGCGCCAACUUGCUUAACGGUAGUGGACGCUACCACGCCCAGUGGCAGAAUGGGGCCCAUCUUAUCAUGAGCGAUAACCGUCUUCUUGUGGUACGGCAGGGCGACCACUUUUAUUGUCCACCGUGGGACGGCCCCAUCCAUGAUGUCUGCAUCCAGCAGCAAGGGGCAGACACGCACUCCAUUCUCGCCGUCGGUCUCACGGACGGCGUGUAUUUGGCGUUGCUGCAGGAAAAACCACAGUUGCAGAUCACAGGCGACGUCUUUGUCAGCACAAAACACUCCGUAGAAAAGAUUGUGUUUGUUAGAGACGGGGAGCUGGCGCUCUGUUACGGGAACGCCCAGGUGGCGACGUACCAGAUCGCCAUUGAGGGACAACAGAAGGUGAGCCUGGUCCCAGCGCACCGACGCCAACCCUUAAAGUUCAUUCAGACGAUGACGUCUCUCUGGGACACGCGACGGUACCGCGACAGCGCCUACGACGCCAGUGAUGCAAAACUGUUCGUGCUGUCAAACACUGACCUUACAAUGUGGGCGUACACUUCCACGGACGCCUUCGCCGCGGUGUGUUCCGUACAGCUGCAAGGGAAUGUGGUGGCUGUGCUCCCGAGUUCGCAAGUGCACCGAUACACCAUGCUUGUUUUCAACGAUGGCGGGCGACAGCCUGUACUGUUUGAGGCGGCUCCCGCAAAAGGUUCCGACGAGGCCCGUUCCGCGAUGUGUUUGGGUGCGGUGCGUCCUUUGCCGGAGGACAUUCGCUUUGACAGCGUGACGUUAGCGGCGCAGGACACCGAGGGUACGACGAUGCUGUACGACGCACGGACCUGUACCUUGACGAUGCUAACCGCCGCUUCUCCCAUCUACGAGGAUAUGUACGAUGUUGUGGAGGUUGUGGCCGUGCUGCGACUUAGCGCGACGGCGGUGGGAGUGGCGUGCGUCAGCGAGCCGGCGGAUCCUGCAGCGGCGUUCGUUGUGUACGGUAAAGCUGGGAUUCUGUGCCGCAUCGGAGUGCGAUCCCUUGGCUCCAUGUUUGCUGAACUUGUGCAGCAGCCGGGCCCAAGGGACGGGCCCCGCACCGUGCUGCAGCGGCUUGGCUCAAAGCGGGGCAUAGCCGCCUUGGUUGGGGCAGUCUUCGCCGGGGCCUCGACGGAGGUUAUGUCGUCACUACUAACGGAGCUUAUGCAGCCGACGUUUCGCGGAAACGGCAUGCGGGUUGCGCCUGGCGUGCAUGGUAUCGUCUCACUUGUGCAUCGCGAGAUGGCGUUGGCGUCGUCGCUGUGGAAUGCACCCUUUGCAUGGCAUCUGAUUUGUGGCUUAGAGCGCAUUGCUGCCCACCUGUGGGCGUGGCGCGAAAAACUGGAGGCGCUGCUGCGCCCGUCUGGUUACCUGGACUGCCCCAAGUGGCUGGAGCUGUCGUGGAGUGGGUUUGCCGCCACCUCGCACCACCACUUCACGCCUCGCACUGCGCUUAAUGCGCAGGCGAUGCUGCUAGAAACGCUCCUGAAGGGGCUUCAGGACGCCGGGGUGCUGUGCUGGCUGUACGGUCUGCGACUGCGCGGUAGCCCAGGCGUCGCCACCACAGGGCGGAAUAGACUAGAACGCGUGGUGUGGGGUGACGACCCGACCACAGCCAUCACAUCGCUUUGCAUGGAGACCUUGUCAACAGCGGACUCAUUUGUGAUCGCGCAGCUGGAGGCACGACGGGACAUUCUCCCGCUGCGCGCCCGCCACGUAGUCCAGGUUGCGGUUUGCAUCUCAGCCAACAAGCCGGAUGCGGCGUUGGCGUACGCCUGCGAUAACGUUCUCUCGCUGCGUCAGGAGCAGGUGUUUGACUACGUGGCGGAGAAGCUCGAGGAUGCAUUCCCCGACAGCAUGCCGCACCUCCGGCUACUGCUCUGUUGGCUACGGUACAGCCGAGACGCCAUUGCGGACGUGCUAGUGAUGCUGGAGCGCUACAGCCGAAGUGAGUCCCCCGAGCGGCUGAAGCGAGGCCUUGGCAUCGUCCUGCAGGCUGCCGCCGAGCAUCCCGUACUUCAGCGCGCCGUGGUGCGGUGGAUGGUGAGCCACCCUCUCGAAGAUGACCACGUGAUGGGCUUUGCGGAGGUGCUGGAGGAACACGCCGUCGUGAUUGCGGAGCCCCAAACCCUCACAGCGUUGUUCUGCGUGUGCUGGCAUAAUCGCACGCGACGUCCCACCGCUGCCGCGCGGGGUUUUUGCGACAUUGCACGGGGGCAACAGCGUCUCGCGCUUUCCUCAAGGAUCCUGUGCAUUAAGCUUGCUUUGGAGGCGGAUCCAACAAUGUCGGAGCAGUUUGUCUACUUUGUUCUGCUUCUGCAGGAGGAGCUGGCAGAAGCCAUUACGGCGGCGUGGGGCGCAGCGACUCCCCGGGUUGAUGCCUGGCAGCAGGAGAAGCUCGAGGCGGACGUGGAUGAGCUGCGGCACACGUACUUGGAGGAGCGGCGACUCUUUCAGUUGGCCGGGGAGUACAAGCAGCAGGGUGGGGCGAGGGUUCAGCUGGACCUGCUGAAGGUGCACCCCGAGACCCCAGAGAAGGUCACAGUGGAGGCGGUGCAGGAUUUACUCGAGUUUCUCCUUGUGACCGGCGUGCCCGCGACGGAGGCGGUGCGGAAUGUAGUGCGGGAGUACUACGACGGCUACGCGGCCGGCCUGCCUUUGCUGCCGUUUGUGGCGGUGCUCGCCCAGCACGGGGAGUCGGCGGCACAGAUUGCGGCGCUGUUGCACUCCAGCGGGGUGUCUCAGGGCGCCGUCUUCGACGUGUUUUUCCACGUUCUCGACGAACGCGUUGAGGGGCCGGAGCUUACCGUGGGGGACGUGGCGACGACACUCGCCGCGACGGUGGGGCAGCUUACCGGCGAGAGCAGGGAGAUCUGUGCGGCGUACCUGAUGGAGCGCAUUCGCGGCCUGCUCGCGUGCGAGCACACAGCCACGACCAUGGCGGCGGCGGUCCUGCCGGCAAGCACAGCGCUGCAGGAGAGCGACAUCGCGCAGCUGCAGCGCGCCGAGGCGCUGUUGCGGCUGCCACGCGCGGUGUCGUCUGUAUGA